AAUGAGGACUCUUCGAAUAGCCCAGUACAGUGUUCUUACUGUUGGGUUCGCCAUUUAUAUGUACCGACUGAUUGAAGAAAUUCCGAUAGACAUAAGGAAUUUAAAUUCGGAUUCUCUCGAGGGGAUCAUCAACUCCGAUGAACUAUGUGAUGUCACCGUCAGCAAUAGGAAUCGUGGGCUUUUAGUUCGAAACGACUCUUUAGAUCUUGAUAUUUUGAAAGCAAAAUUCACUACAUUUUUCAGCAAAAGAUAUCUCACUCGAUUUCUAAGCGAACAAGUUCCUUUUCUGCACGUGAUCGAUGAAGCUCUUCUCGUGAAACGAUUUGUGAUGUGUGCAUGCUUUAUGGUAUUCUGUUUAACAGUGAUCUGGUUUCUGGUGAUUCGAAGAAUGGGAAAUCUCAUUAAAAGAUUGUCAGUGCUGAAUCAGCUGGAAGAUGCGGAAUCUGUUGAAUGGGCGAGAUGCAUCAGAGAGUUUACACAAGAAAAGCUCGCAGUACUGUGCUUUUGCAUAGUUCCACCGUUUGCACAGACGGAUAAUAAACACUACAUCGACUUCGGUGAAUACGUUCGUGAUACUUUUGCCCUUCGUUCUCGAUGCACCGAUUUGACAUUAUUCGCUUGUUGGUACUGUUUCAUUGCAAUCUGCCACGUGGCAACGAACACAAUUUUCAGUCGAUAUGUCAAGACGAUACAUCUAGUUCAAAGGCCGUUAAAAACUAGAAUACGAGGCCAAGCCGUGUUUCUUGUGCAAUUUUUCACGAUGAAUUCUAUCGCAGCACUCGCUGCAAUACUUUUUGGAGCCGCUGGACUUAGCUUCAUGUUUAUUCACUUUAAUUAUGCAGCUAUUUUGUUUUUGGAGAGCUAUCGAGUAUUUGUUCGAUCCUUAUUUGUGCUCGGUCGGCUAUCAGUAAGCACUUCAACUGCUCGAAUGAAUGAUAUUGAAGAACAGAAACACUUAUCAGACGAAGAGAUUACUGAUUUGAUUGUGAACAGCCAGAAAAGAAUUGGAAAAUAUUUGAAUUUCCGGAAUAUCUACAUAACCUCUACGGUUUUCGUCACUUUUCUUCUCAAUAUUUUAUAUGCGAUCACGGGUCUCUUGAUUAAUCGAAAAAUGCUUGCCUUCGGAUUCGCGAUCGGAGCCAACCAAGUUAUCGAUGAUAUUCUUAACGGGAGAGAAUACGGUUCGACCGAAUUAUUGUAAAUUAUUUGUGUAUGUUGUAUAUAAACAAUUUGACUAU